GUACGGACAGCGUUUACAGGAACACACCGAACGCAAAGGAGCAGUGGGUUUGGUUUGUUUAAUGGCUCAGUAAACAUUAUACAUAUUAUAUUGUGUAACUGUUUCCGUCUGGGUUUAGUUAAUGCGCAGUGUGAGCUGGAUUGUCGCACUUGUUUCAGCAAGUACCUCUUGAGAGAACAAACGCACAGAGAGAAGCUCACGGCGUGAAUAUUCAUCAGUAUGGCUUCAACUAUUGACUUCAGGACACACGUGGAUCAGUCGUGCAGAUACUCCGAGGAGUUUGUUAACAUUUACUAUGACUGCAUGGACAAAAAAAGACGAAACUUGACAAGACUUUACCUGGAUAAAGCCACCCUGGUGUGGAAUGGGAAUAACAUUUCAGGACAGGAUGCUCUUGGAGAAUUUUUUGAGUCUCUUCCCUCAAGUGAAUUCCAGGUGCACACACUCGACUGCCAGCCAGUCCAUGAACAAGCUACUCAAGGCCAGACAACAUUGCUGGUGGUUACUGCAGGCACGGUCAAGUUUGACGGCAGCAAACAGAGAUAUUUCAACCAGAACUUCCUGCUAACUGCUCAGGCUUCCCCGAACAGUGACCAGCCAGUGUGGAAAAUCGCAAGUGACUGUUUUCGCUUCCAAGAUUGGGCAAGCUGAAUGAUCAGUUACCUGCUUUCCAUUAUGGAAGAUCUGAGUGACUUUUACGUCCAUGGGCAGUUUAUUUUUUAUCUUUAUUUUUGUGUUUGUAAAUGAAAGACUUGUUUCAAGAUCACACUGUGGACAAAAUGUGCUUUGUAGAAAACAAUUUAAUUAUCACAAAUGUAUAUUACAUUUAAAAUGUGGUUCACAAAAUUUAAUAAAUAAGAGUGGAAUGAAA